AAGAUCGACGAUUCAAAGACUUUUGCCAUUGGUAUCACUAUCGAAUUUUCCAUCAAAUUCAGCUUGAUCAAGAAAGGGAAAGGCUACACAUACACACAGACACACACACUGGAAACGCAUGCCUAGCGCGCAAGACCAUCUCUAGUCCCGUAGUGUAGCUGUUUUACCUACCCUUUCUGUGAUCUUUGCUCAACAAGAGACAGGUCAGAUCAGAGCACAGCAACCCACCCAGCCAUCACAGACCACAGAGCAGCACCCUCUGGUCCCCGCGGGUCUUGUUGAAGUUUGGAUCGGUCACCAUCAUUCUGGCAUCCUGGCAUCCUUUAGAUCAAAAUGUCUUUCACCGACGAAGCUCUAAAAGCAAAACUUUCCACCUUGAACGAAACUCAAGAUAGUAUCGUCUCAGUUUCGCAAUGGAUUAUGUUCCACAAGAGACAUGCGGAUCGCAUUGCUCAUUACUGGCUGACUCGACUCCGCGACUCACCACCCGCCAAGCGUCUCAACUUCAUCUAUCUCGUCAAUGACAUUGUCCAGAAUGCCCGAGCUCGCAAACGACCCGAGUUUCCAGAUGCAUUCUCUCCACUGAUGCCAGAAGCCAUUUCCACCGCCUAUCGAUCCUCUCCACCAGAGAUCCAGUCCAAAAUCCGUCGAGUCGUCGAGGUCUGGCGCACGCGCAACGUCUUUGACCCCCAGACGCAGGAAGCCAUCGAAGCACGAAUCGACCAAGUCGACAAGUCCAAGGGAUCUAGCGGCAAGAAGACACUGAUGGGACAGUCUUUAUUUAGCUCCAACUCCUCCACCGGAAUGCCCAAGGAGCUCGAAACCCUGGCACCUCUCCAGGUCGCUGUGACUAAAGAAACCAUCUCAGCACGCCCUGCCAUCGACGCUGCGCAAAACGAAUACGUCAAGCUUAACGAUCCUGAUGUCACUUUGCCUAGUCCGCCAGUACAUGCAGCUCGGUUGUCCAGUCUGAUCAAAUCCCUUGCAGCAGCAGAAUCUUCGGUAUCCGCUAGCAUCAAAGCUCGCAAAGCCCUGAUUGCCGACCUCGAACGAAUUCUGGACAUCAACAAAUCUGCGCUGGCAAAAGACGAGCAGACUCAUUUGGAGCUUCAUAGUCGUAAGAUUAGCACCGAGGCCAAGAAACGCGAGGUCGAGGAUGGAAUCAUCCGUGGUUUGUCGUCCGUUGAACCCGACACCAACCAUGCCGGCAACAACAACAACAACGACGAAUACAAUCCUGUUGACGGACUGCGAUCACCACCACUCAACGACAACGGCCACGGCAGUAACAACGAAUUCAACCGUCCGGAAAUCGAGGCACUGACACCCGAGGCUGAUCAAGAUCUGGAAGAACCAGACGGUUAUGAUCCCAAUGCAUCUCUAACCUCAUUCUCGCAAACCAGUGCACAACCGCCGUCAUCAUCAACCACCCCCAAUCCCAUUAUUCCCAACAACCCCGCCGUCUCCGCCGCACUAGCUCGUUUCGCCGGAUUCAACAGCGGCGAUCUAGACUUGAGUUCCAUUGCCGACAAUGCUGGCGGAUACAACCCAUCUCAAAGCUCACCGACCUUGGCAGGAAACACGACUUCAUCUAUGCCGGUAAUGAACUCCAAUAGCUUACGCAUGCGGUCUUCAAGCGGUAGUCCUGGCGUCAACGGCGGCGGAAGUAGCGGCUAUGGCGCAAAACGUCGGAAACUGAGUCAUGGCGCUGAAGAGGAGAUGGUGCCCGAUUUUGGAGAAAUGGGUAUGGAAGGUUUUGGUGGUGCCGGUGAUGAAGCUGUCUUGACUACUUUGGAUGAAGACGUGGAUGAACUUAUUCGGCAAGGACGAGGGGAUUCCUAAAAAAGGAGAGAAAAUGAAAGCCCAAGGUCCUCGGGGGCUUUGGAGCCUGUAUUUCAGUAAGUGUGGGAUCAAGUUAUCUUGGUGCCUGGGUUGGUCAGGGAGUGCGAGAAAGGAGGAAGAAGGUCAAGAACAUUCUUUUCCCCAAAGGCAUGAGUCAGUGCUGGGAUAGCUCAAUGUAUGUAUUAUCAUGGCAAGGUAUUGUCCAUUACGGAUCGAUAUCUCUUGUCCUCGUUCCCCUUCUUGUCUU